AUGUCAGCAUCCGAUAAUCGACGAGAGAAGUUUACAGGCUUGACUCUUGACGACGUCUUGGCCAAAAGGAGAUUAGACACUCCGGCAACUACACCUAACCAACCACCUCCAUCCAACAGUCAAACCAUAUUCGACAUUAUCAGAGAAGACGAUACCAACAGAAAAGACCGUAGAUCUUGGAAAGCCUUCAAGGACAAGCUUCGACUCAAGCGCGCUGGCUCCGCUUGGACAUCAUCAAUUCAUAUUCCAACUUCAGAUGUCCCUGUCCAAAAUCCAAAUAGUAGAAGUUUUUCUCAACUUGGGCGUCGCGACUCGGUUCGAGUACAAAGUCACCACAAUUCAGACAUGUCAGCCCAGCCCAUGACUCACCAAGUGGACGACCUCGACCCAUCGGAGGGCAACAAUGCUCCGGCUGCUAAACCUCAGUUCACUCGCCGCAGCUCCACCCGUUUCUCAGCUGACUCUCCGGAAAAUUCUCCUGGUCGGGGAAAUCUCCGGCCACAACUGUCACGGGGAAAUUCCACCAAUUUAUCGUCGGAGCCGUUUCACCGAGGACGUGUGGUGACUUUUCGGGACAGCUUUGAUGAAGAUGAGCCCGACGACAACAAGAACAAAGAAGCGUGGAGGACACUUUCAGCGAGGGAGGCAGUGGCAGCACAGGAAGCGGCAGAAGCUGCAGCAGCGGAAGAUACAGAGGCUUCAGGAGGGCAUCCAAUGAUGUCACUAAUGGACUUACUGGAGGAGACUGAUAGAGAGAUGGGAUUGGAAGGGUCAAGGUAUGUAUUGAGUGAUGAUGAAGACUUUGAUGAUGAUGAUGAUGAAGAUGAUGAAGGUGAAGAUGAUGAUCAUAGAGGAGGUGCUAUGGAAGGCACUUGUUGUGUUUGCAUGGUGAAGCACAAGGGCGCUGCUUUCGCACCUUGUGGCCACAGUUUCUGCAGGAUGUGUUCAAGGGAGCUUAUGGUGGCUAAGGGAAAUUGUCCACUAUGCAAUAAUUUCAUUUCAGAGGUUCUUGAGAUAUUCUGA